AUGUUCCGUUACGCCCUAGAAAGCCAGCCCAACCAUGGGAAGUGGUGGGUGGAAGCGUAUCCCUUGGGUGCAGCAACGGCUGCCGCAAUUACCCAAACUCUGGAAAGGGAAUUUUUCGCGAGAUUUGGUUACCCACGUGUGCUACUAAGCGAUAAUGGCCCUCAGUUUACUUCGGACGUGUGGACAAGUGCACUCAACCGAUUCGGGGUGGAGGGGUGGACUACCCUAGUAUACCACCCGAGGGCCAAUUCGGUAGAAAGACGUAAACAGGAACUGAAAAAGUGCCUGCGGGCACUUCUGGUGAACGAUAAUCAUCGUUCAUGGGACCAGAAACUCCCUUCGGUUCUGUUUACAUUGCACAACCGGAAGAACGACAGGACCGGCGUUUCACCAUCAGUUUUGGUUUUUGGACACGAAACUAAAAGUUCGGGAGAUUGGGCACUAACCGUGAGGUCUGAUAGUACACCGUGGGUUCCGGCAACAUCAGACACAAACACGGGUGUCAAUAAAUCGAGGGGAAACCGGCGUUUAUUUGCUGUCGGGGACCAGGUUUUUGUUAAGGCACACCCUCUCUCCAAGGCCGAUCAGGGUUUUCACGCGGGCUUCGCCACGAAAUGUCACGCGAAGGGGAAGCACCGGGGAGAUAACCGCUUGCGUCCGAGCAGGACACACUUGAGGUCGAGCCUGGAGGACUUGGUGUGGCAGACCACCUCCCAAGUCAACCUGCUCCGGCAAACGAGGGCGACGCUUGUUGGGUUGAGGGCGUUAUUCCCGCCGGACACACAGCCGGGAUUGACGGUGCAGCAAAUCGGCGAUGUAGACACGGCGGUACUGCGGGCCGAUCCUCGUUUGUGGGUGGCGUAUGAAAGAGGAUGGCGCCCAGUGGGAGGAAUACGAAUUCUAGCUGGCCAAAAACAGAAAAUUGAACAAUCGUUUUAA